AAAGAAAGAGCUUUCAACUACCAAGAAAGAUCGAGUGAAUCAUUGCCUAACAAUAUGUGAAAACAUAGUUGCUCAGUCUUUAAGAAAUUCUCCAGAAUUUCAGAAACUGCUGGGCAUUGCUAUGGAACUCUUUCUCCUCUGCAGUGAUGAUGCAGAAUCUGAUGUCCGGAUGGUUGCUGAUGAAUGCCUUAAUAAAGUUAUUAAAGCUUUGAUGGAUUCCAAUCUUCCUAGACUACAAUUAGAACUGUAUAAGGAGAUUAAAAAGAAUGGUGCUUCAAGAAGUCUGCGUGCUGCACUCUGGAGAUUUGCUGAGCUCGCCCAUCUGGUUCGGCCUCAAAAGUGCAGGCCGUACUUAGUGAACCUUUUGCCCUGCCUAACACGAAUAAGUAAGAGACCUGAAGAAUCAGUCCAAGAGACACUGGCUGCAGCAAUACCAAAAAUCAUGGCAGCGUUUGGCAAUUUUGCAAACGACAACGAGAUUAAGGUUUUACUGAAGGCUUUUAUAGCUAAUCUGAAAUCCAGUUCCCCUACCAUCCGUCGGACAGCGGCUGGAUCAGCAGUAAGCAUCUGUCAGCAUUCCCGAAGGACGCAGUAUUUUUAUGCCUGGUUAUUGAAUGUACUUUUAGGCUUCUUGGUUCCUGUAGAAGAUGAUCAUCCUACUCUCUUAAUUCUGGGUGUUUUACUUACACUAAGGUAUCUCAUACCUUUAUUACAACAACAAGUAAAGGAUACCAGCCUGAAAGGCAGUUUUGGCGUCACAAGAAAAGAAACAGAGAUUUCACCUUCACCAGAACAACUUAUACAGGUUUAUGAAUUGACUCUGCAUUACACUCAGCAUCAGGACCAUAAUGUUGUGACUGGGGCUUUAGAAUUAUUACAACAGCUCUUCAGAACACCACCACCUGAACUUCUCCAUGCCCUGACCGCUUCAGGUGGCAUCGCACAGGUCAGUGUAUCCAAAGAUGAAUCUGCCAGCAGGAACCGCAGUGGGAGCAUAGUGGAACUUAUAGCUGGAGGGGGGUCUUCAUGCAGCCCUGUUCUUGCGAGAAAGCAUAAAGGUAAAAUACUUCUUGGUGAAGAAGAAGGUUUGGAGGAUGACGCUGAAACCCGAUCAGAUGUCAGUGCUGCAUCAUUUGCAGCUUCUGUGAAGGGCGAGAUAACCAGUGAACUAGCUGCUUCGUCAGGAGUGUCAACUGCUGGGUCAGUAGGAAGUUCAGCUGCUGAUCCGACGGGACACGAUAUCAUUACUGAGCAGCCACGUUCUCAACAUACGUUGCAGUCAGACUCUGUAGAGCUGACAAGCUGUGAUUUGACAAGUACAGCUACUGAAGGGGAGGAAGAUGAUGUGCUCAGUCGGAGCUCCAGCCAGAUCAGUGCUGUCCAGUCAGAUCCUGCCAUGGACAUGAAUGAUGGUACACAGGCUUCCUCCCCAGUUAGCGAUAGCUCUCAGACUACUACAGAAGGUCCGGACUCUGCUGUAACCCCUUCGGACAGUUCUGAAAUUGUUUUGGAGGGUUGUGAAGGACAGUAUUCUGGAAUGCAAAUUGGGCAGCUGCAGGAUGAGGAAGAUGAGGCUGCAAAUAUUCUACAAGAUGAUUCAUCAGAGUCUUUCAGAAGUUCUUCUCUUGCUCUUCAACAGCCUCACCUGUUGAAAACCAUAAGCCAUAGUAGGCAGCCUUCUGAUAGCAGCGUAGAUAGAUUUACGUCAAAGGAAGAUGCAACAGAUCCCAGCGAUCAAGAAAAUAAGCCCUCCAGGGUAAAGGGAGACAUAGGUCACUAUACAGAUGGAAAUUCUGCUCCUUUAGUGCACUGCGUUAGACUUCUGUCAGCCUCUUUUCUACUUACUGGGGAGAAAGGAGCUUUAGUUCCUGAUAGAGAUGUGAGAGUGAGCGUGAAAGCCCUGGCAGUGAGUUGUGUUGGAGCAGCUGUUGCACUUCACCCAGAGUCUUUCUUCAGCAAGCUGUAUAAAACACCCCUUGAAGCAAUGGGAGAAGAAUAUGAGGAGCAGUAUGUAUCAGAUAUUCUGAACUACAUUGACCAUGGAGAUCCCCAGAUUAGAGGAGCUACUGCCAUUCUGUGUGGAACAAUUGUCAACUCCAUUCUAAUUAAAUCCCGUUUUGAUGUGGAGAAAUGGCUAAUAAAUGUCAGAAGCUCAACAGGAAAUCUCUUUUCCUUGGUAGACUGCAUACCUCUGUUACAGAGAACACUGAAAGAUGAGUCCUCUGUUACCUGCAAACUGGCCUGUACAGCUGUGAGGCAUUGUAUCAUGAGCUUAUGUAGCAGCAGUUACAGUGAACUAGGUUUACAAUUAAUUGUUGACCUCCUUACACUGAAGAACAGUUCCUAUUGGCUAGUAAGGACAGAACUUCUGGAAACACUUGCUGAAGUAGAUUUUCGGCUAGUCAGCUUCUUGGAAGGAAAAACUGAAAGCUUGCACAGAGGUAUUCAUCAUUAUACUGGUCUGCUAAAACUUCAGGAGAGGGUGCUUAAUAAUGUUGUGAUAUGUCUGCUUGGAGAUGAAGAUCCGAGAGUGAGACAUGUAGCUGCAGCUUCGUUAAUGAGGCUUGUUCCAAAGCUAUUUUAUAACUGUGAUCAAGGACAGGCUGAUCCAGUGGUGGCAGUAGCAAGAGACCAAAGCAGUGUCUACCUGAAACUACUAAUGCAUGAAACACAGCCUCCAUCUCACUUUGCAGUGAGCACCAUCACCAGAACAUAUAGGGGUUAUAAUAUGCUGCAAAGUCCAACAGAUGUCACUAUGGAAAACAAUCUCUCAAGGGUUAUUGCAGCAAUUUCCCAUGCACUGACAAUAUCCACUACAAGAGCACUUACGUUUGGCUGCUGUGAAGCUUUGUGUCUUCUCUCCACAACAUUUCCAGUCUGCACCUGGAGCGUGGGAUGGCACUGUGGUGUUUCCCAGCCAAGUUCUUCAGAUGAAGCUCAGAAGGGCUGCACCAUUGGAAUGGCCGGCAUGGUCCUGUCCCUCCUUUCGUCGACGUGGUUCCCACUGGACCUCUCUGCACAUCAGGAUGCUUUGAUUUUGACAGGAAACUUGCUUGCAGCAAGUGCUCCCAAGUGCUUAAAGAAUCCUUGGAGUGCAGAAGAUGAUUCAAACCAAGGUGCUGCAAAGCAGGAGGAACCAUGGCCAGCUCUGGCAGAUCGAACUCUUGUUACCUUAGUAGAACAGCUCUUUUCUCAUCUCCUGAAGGUCAUUAAUAUUUGUGCACAUGUAAUGGAUGAUGUUGCUCCUGGCCCAGCAGUAAAGGCAGCAUUACCUUCUCUCACAAACCCCCCUUCUCUUAGUCCGAUUCGGAGGAAAGGGAGAGAGAGGGAGUCUGUCGAACAGGCAUCUGUGCCGAUGAGCCCAAAAAAGGGUGGUGAAACAAGUCCAG